AUGCAAGUUUUUAUUAAUAAAAAUCUCAACUUACAAUAAGUAAGCCGUCUCUUUAAAUUAAGAGCCCAUUCCUUUUCUACUUCUGAACAACUCAGAAUUAAAAACUUAAAUGCUUUGAAGCAUGAGUUAAAGAAUAACCCACUUUUUGAUAGAGCUUUCCCAGAAUAUAAGGGAAAGAAGCCUGAAACUACUGUUGUCAAAAAGCAAGAAGAAUUAGAUUUUAUUAGAUCCUUGGGACUUAAGGAGCGUAUUAAUAAAAAUAUUUCUUUAGAAGAGGCUGAACAUCAAAACUUUAAGCAAUUUGUUGAAGGUUUCAGAUCACCUAGUGGACCUCUUAAAUAUAUGGAUCAUGAAGAAAAGUAAAAGAUCAAUUUCUUGAUAGAUUAAAAGCUUGAAGAGCUUGAAGCUACUGGCCUUACUAGAGAAGAAAUUCUUUAUGAUAAUCCAACUCACACUGGUCUUCCUCUCAAUUAAGAUCCUUUCUUCUAAUAUAUUAAAAAUAACUAUACUGCUAGAGAAGUCCUCCUGAAACCUGGUGAAGAAUACACUGUAUAAAAAAUUAUUGACUUAGCUCUUAGAUAAGACAUAGGUGCUGACCCUUCAUAAUCUGCAGCUAAACUUAAAAACUAAAAAGUUUAUCAUGCUUCCAAGAUGGGUUUACCUAGCUCAAGAAAGAAUCCUAAUGCUUUUGACAACACAUCUUACUUAGGAGCUACCUCUUCAACUUCUGAACAUUAUAUCAAAGAAUUAGUUAGACCUGAUAGAAAGAAUCACGAAAUCCCCUUAACAAAGGCAUAAACAAGAAAGUAAAGCAUCAGAAAAAUCAACUACUUUGAUAUCCAUUGGAGAAAUACUGAAUUGAUUACUCAAUUCGUCAAUAAUUCUGGUUGCAUUAAGAAUAAGAUAUAAAACAGAUUGACAAGACCUUAAUAAAAGAAGAUUGCUCGUACAAUCAGACUCAGCAGAGAAAUGCUUUUGAUGCCUUUUAGAGGUUACAUCAAGCCUUCAGAUAAAAAGAGUUUAACCACUUUGUAAGAAGAUGUUGAAAACACCGUUAGAACUGCUAUUAAUAUUGAAACUGGUCAUAUCUACAUUAAGGGUUCUGUUAAUGAAUACAGAAACGUUACUAAGGAAUUCGAAAAUUUAAAUGAUAACUUUGAUGCUAAGCGUGCAGAAUAGUCUAAAGAUUAUGUUAUUGAUGGAAAUAGUUAAAAGUUAGAAACCACAGAAGAAUUAACUCUUUUAGAAGCUAGAAUGCACUCAGCUUAAUUAAAGGAGAAACAACUUAAAGAUUUGGGUGUGGACACUUAAGCCAUCAGAGAAAAAUACUAAGCAUCUCCCAAAAAUCCUCAACUUACUAUUGAUAAUAUUUUAUCUAUCUAGACUAAGUAGUAUAUUUAUCCUCCUGAGUUUGAAUAGCUUGAUAAGAAAAAUCAAGAUCAAUUCAAGGAAUCUUUCUCUAAAUUCCAAGAAAAAAUUAACUAAGUACCAGUUGAUAAAUUUGCUUCCCUUCUCGUUCAUGAAAAGGCCACUGAUGCUACUGAAUUCUCAAAUAAGAUUCAAGAAAGUGAUAUUAGCUUACAAGAAAGUUUAGAAUAUGUUAACCAAAUCAGAUCAAGAGGUGGUCUUAGUACACCUCUUAAGAUUUGA